AUGAUGGCCGACGAAAAUAGGAAGACAGAAAUAGCGGCUUCUACCAAUCAGAGGGGAAUCCCCUACGCGCCAUUCGUUGACAAAGUUGAGGACUACGUGAGUUCGCGUGCCGAUGUCGAGCAGACAUUGGCAAGCUUUCAAGAGAUGAUCACGAAAUACCGUUUCAUGGAAGCAAACCAACAGAAACGUGUUGAAGGUCUGAAGGAAAAAAUGCCUGAUAUCCAAAAAACCCUAGACUCCGUACGCUUCUUGAAGACAAGAAAACCCGAUGCGGAGCCCAUCGAAGCCACGUUUGAACUAAACGACACUCUUUACGCUAAAGCGAAUAUUCCAUACACGGAAGAAGUGUAUUUGUGGCUUGGGGCCAACGUAAUGCUGUCAUACCCCAUUGAUGAAGCCGAAACUCUGCUCAUUUCCAAGUUGUCAGCGGCCCGGCAAAGCUUACUGAACUGCGAGAAUGAUUUAGAUUUUCUGAGGGAGCAGAUUACUACUGUCGAGGUAGCUAUAGCUAGAGUAUAUAAUUGGGACGUGACCAUGAAAAGGAAGGAAAGAGAGAAAGACGGUGAUAACCCUGACAAGAGUGGCAAAAACGGAUCUCCUAACGGCUAG